UUUAAAUAGAAGUUACGACACGAUAACAACUGUCAAGUAUAGCCGAGAAUUUGCCAGUGUUAACACAGCUUACCGUAACUAUCAUAUAAUUUCUGGCCUAUUUAUGGGUACCAUGUGAUGAGUCACAUGACAGAGCAGAUAAACAUGGAGAAUAAAACACAAGUGCUAUUAGCGGGAUGUUUUUAUAUGUACCCUAUGAGAUUGACAAAAUAUGAUGUGAAACUUACAAAACAAGGGAUUACAUUUAAUGAAUUGCCACAAAAGAAAAAUGUUUUAAAAACUCAAAAAAGCAUCCAUUUCGGUGACGUGGUGGGAUGUCGAUGUAAAAAGGGAAAAGCUGAGAAGGAUCCCAGUGCAUAUUUUUCAAUUUUUUCAUAUCAGUUUAAAGGAAAAUCAAAGCGAAAACGAUCGAAAUAUGAAUUUUCUUUUGGAUUAUGUGAUUUUCAAAAUUUCGAAGACAAUUUGAAAGUAUGUCAAAAGUGGAGAAAUGUCAUCGUCUGCUUGUCAAGAAACAUUGUUGUCAAUAGUAAUGAAGUGGAAUUUUGUACUUUACCUCCUAGUCCUACAGUAUUAGUCUUUAUAAAUCCACGAAGUGGACCUGGAAAAGCCAGACAGAUCUUUGAGAGCACAGUUAAACCUAUGUUAGAUGAUGCUGAUAUUGUUUACAAAGUACUUAUAACAGAGUAUGCUGGCCAUGCUUCAGACGUUGUCAAGACAUUAAAGUUAGAAGAUUAUUCUGGUUUGGUUAUUGUCUCAGGUGAUGGACUGAUUUACGAGGUGAUAAAUGGUUUGAUGAGUCGGAAAGAUUGGGCUAAAGCCAUCAAGAUCCCUAUUGGUUGUUUGCCAGGUGGAUCUGGAAAUGCUAUGUGCUGUAGCAUCAAUUAUCUUGCUGGAGAGCCAAUGGACCCAGACAUGGCGCUUCAUUCUACAUUUAUAUUAUUAAAACACAGAAUAUUACCCAUAGAUUUAGUACUUCUUCAAACUCCUACGGAUCAGAUCUACUCAUUCCUGUCUGUAGCGUGGGGAAUUAUAGCUGAUAUAGAUUAUGAGAGUGAGAAGUUACGAUCUAUAGGAUCUACCAGAUUUGUCUUAUAUACAAUCAUGAGAAUAAUUAAGUUAAGAACGUACAGAGCAAGAAUAUCUUUUCUACCUGUCUCAGACCAAAAGUUGAAAGAGAAUGGAAAAUCUUCCAAAAGUGUAAAAUUUCCUCGACCAAGACGAUAUACUAUAUUUAGUAAUGACUCGAACCAGGAAGCUUUGAACUCAGUCUAUGAUGUUGGUUGUGUAGGAAAAUUUAAAAGUUUAGAUGAGGGUGAUCUGAGAAUAAGAUCACAGUCAAUGCCUGCAAAUAUGUCUGGUUACAUGACACGGGGAGAAAAACCAAAAAAUUCACUAACAUCGAAAUCCGACAACAAACUGUCUGAACAAAAUGAGGAUGAAGAAAACGAGGAUGAAGACAGCGGCCAUCAUUCUGGUGAUGAAACAUUAAAUGUUGAGGUUGAAAAUGGACUUGUUGAUUUUAAUCUAAAUUCAACACCAGAUGAAGUGUUUGAAGAUUCUGUUGAUGAAACCAUUUCAACGAUUUCUGAUUCUACAGAUCCUGUUCCAAGUCCUUUGUUAUCUCCCUUAGAUAAGGAUGUUCCAAACACAUGGACGACAGUAGAAGAUGACUUUGUUACAGCCUUAGCUAUCUAUCUGCCAUAUUUAGGACCAGACAAUCUAGUCUCUCCAGACUCCAAGUUAAAUGAUGGAUGUAUUCAUUUAAUGUUGGUCAGAAAAGGAGUAUCAAAGAAUGACCUUAUGAACAUUUUUCUAGAUUUUACCACUGGUGAACAUAUUAAUUCUCCAGCAUGUGAGGUUAUAAAAUGUUUAGCUUUCAGGAUUGUACCCCUGACUGAGAAGGGUAACAUUAUGGUUGAUGGGGAGCGUAUUGAUUACGGACCAAUUCAGGGACAGAUUCUGCCUGGACUUGCCAGAAUUAUGGCUAUACAAUAAUAGCUUAUGCAUUUAAGGAAAAUUUCACUUUUGUAUUUAGGGAAUUGUUAGUAAGGUUUAAAUGAAACUCUUUUUGAAAUUUAUAAAAUGAUUUAAUGAUGUUUUUGUGUCAUAUGUGUGAAUUAGAGGCAGUGCCCUGUUUUCCAUUGUAUAAAGCACCCUAUAUUUUAAGAUUUUAGUUGUGUUUCAGUAACUCUUAAAAUACACAUGGACAAGGCCCAGAUGAUUUUAACUUUUAAUUGCAUAAAUUGUUUUAUCAGUCCUUAAAUAUAUUAAGAUUUUUUCCUUUUACAGUGAUUUAAGUUACUUAUGGAAAACUUUUAUUUUUAAGUUUUAAUUAACUCCCCACUUUGAUAAUAUCUGUUCAGGAGGUGUUCCAUAAUUGGAAGCUUUAGAAUAUACAUAUAGAAGAAGACAGGUAAAGAAAAUAUUACUUUUAAAUAAAUAAUUGAAUAUAUGCCUGAAAUUACAAAACAUGAAAGUGUAAUUAAAAUGGACUUAUUGACUCGUAACCUUCCUUUAUUCGGUUGGAGUCAUUGUUGAACUCCGCCAACUAUCUGAUAACAAUACUUCAAGUUCAUGAUAAAUAUCAUUUCAGCAUUAUACAAUAUCUUUACCAAACUUAGGUUGAUAAUGUCCCAUUUGAUAAAUAAACCUCCCUGAAAUUAAAGGGAUAUUUUGUUUGUUUUGGAUAAUAUACCCAUGAUUUAUAAUCUAAAACCAAUUUAAUAAAUCAUUAUCAUCUUCACAAUUAGCUCAAUCCAUGACAUGUGCAGGAGUUAUAGAUGACUGCAACAAUGUGUAUGUUAUAUAUAAUGAUUGUAUUAAUGUUAUAUUAUGAAUAUAAUGAUACUUUCUGUUAUUUAUAUUGUAUGAGAAUGUAAAGGGACCAAUCAAUUUACCUCUGACCUACUAAUUUGAAUGAUUAGACUUUGUUUUUAUUUUAUCACUGUAUUGGAUGUUUGAUUUGUAUGAACUUAAGAAUUUAUUACUCGGUACUAUAUUAGGUGUACUAAAAUUACUAGUUCUAAAAUGUUAGUCUUGGAUCAAUUGACUCACAUUGAUUUGUUCAUGAUGAAGAUGGGACUUAGACUGUACAGGAUUCUGAGCAUGAAGUUCUAUAAAUUCAGAAAUUAUUGUUAGGUUUUUAUUUGUUUGAAUAAUACAUUCUUAUCAGAAACAUAUAGCUGCAGUAGAUUUUCCCAAAAUCGCAAUAACUUAAAAUAACAAAUUGUGUCUUAUUUUUCAAAAAUCACAAUGAUAAAAUUAAAAUGCAACCAAUAAUUUCUGAAUUUACAGUACAUGUUAAUUUUAUGUUGUGACAUCCUGUAUGUGAUCACCACAACCAUCCCCUCAGUCUCACAUAUUUUUUUUUGCUUUUCAUUUGUGUAACUGGUAAAAUGAAAUAAGAACUAAGGAUCACCAUUUCUUGAUAAUGAUGAUCAAAUGAAAAUCCAUAAUGUUUUAGUGUUUUAAAGGCUAAUAUCUGCUGAACAUAGCUUUUAAGACCCUCUAAUUAUUUUAUUUUGACUGCCAUUCCAGUAUUUUGUUCUGUUAUUUGUUGUAGCUUUUAUUUUUAUAUUAGUUAGUAGCAACACAGAAAAUCUAGCAACACUAAUCUGUACAUUUCACAAUUCAACCGUUGCUAGAUUUUCUGCCACAAUUUUGUUUUUGUUUUUGUUUGGAAAUCUUUUUCUGUACAUAUUAAUAAGACCAUUUUAAGAAGUGCUAAAAAAAAUUGUGUGAUAGUGAAUAGGAUUUUGUAAUUUUUAUGAUGGAGCCAAUGUAUUAUUUAUUGUAUGUUAAUUUAUUGAAUAACUAUUAAUCUGUACAAGUUACAUAAUGUGGUUAACAUGGCGUUGAUCAAUAUACCCAUAGUUUCAAAUCAUCAUGCCAAUUUUUUAAUCAAUUUUGCCCAUUAUUUUCUAUUUAAUAUUUUUGUCCAUUUUCUCUAUUCUGUAAAAUAAAAUUCACACUCUCAUAAAUUAUCAUUAGCAAUGAAAACAAGGCAAGUCUGAUUAUGAUAUUAUAUGAAAUUGUGAUACAUCAUACAUAUAUUUAUUAACAUCAUUGUCUUGAAUGUAUUGAUAGUGAAUGAAAGAAAAAAUGCAUUAUAUAAAUGAGCUGUAUUGUCUAUAUUCUAACUGCAAUGAUAAUUGAUGUAUAUCUUUAUGUUGCCGAACAGCAUCCAACUGUUGCUAGCAACUCCUAGCCAUAACCUCUGUUGUUUGGCUAC